CUUGAAUGCGUUUGCCGGGGCUUCAGACGUCAUAUCGGUGUGUAGCGGCGGUGUUUUUAAUGAAUGGCUGUGUCUGAGUGCCGGAGCUCCAGCUCUCGGUGACGCGGUGUGACUUCACGUUGAGGGAGGCUGCAGGACGCAGCGCCGCCGCCGCCGUCGCGCUUCUCACCCGCCGUCUCGCUCUGUCCGCCGGCUUCGCGCAGCACCGACCCGCAGGGAUGGAACCAGCGGGCGCGUACGGCGCCGGGAAGGCCGGCACCGUCGCCUUCGAUCCGGUCGCCUUCUUUACGCAUCCUCGGACCAUCGUCCGGCUGCUGUCGUGGAUUUUCUCCAUCGUGGUGUUCAGCUGCAUUGUGAACGAGGGCUACAUCAAUAUCGGGAGUGAACGUUUGCUUUGCGUCUUCAACAACAACGCUGACGCCUGCAACUACGGUGUUACUGUGGGUGUGGCUUGUUUCCUCGGCAGCAUCUGUUUCCUGAUCCUGGAUGUUUACUUUCCUAGCAUCACCAGCGUGAGGGACAGAAGACGUGCCGUCCUCUUGGACUUAAUCUUCUCCGGACUGGCCAGUUUCCUGUGGUUUGUUGGGUUCUGCUUUCUGGCCAAUCAGUGGCAGGCGACCUCUCCAGAUGAGCUCCCACUGGCUCAGGGCUCUGAUGCUGCCAGAGCAACCAUUGCCUUCUGCUUCUUCUCCAUCCUUACUUGGGCCGUGCUGACACUCAGCGCAUUGCGUCGCUUCUUAUCAGGCUCCAACAUGACCAUGUUCACGUGGCAACAUCUGGAUCCCGUCCCCAGCAACGCUCGAGCCACACCGUACCCCAUUGCCAAUGGCGCCACCAUAGUAACCACCAACCCCUAUCAAGCCCCGCCCUUCACUGAAACCCUUGACCCUCAGAAACUUGCACAGCAGAGACCCAUGGCUCCAGCCUUCUAGAGCAGAGCACAUAGUGCAUGGGGAGAGAGGGCGGAGGUGUACGCUGGACAACUUCCUGCUUGCUGUUUAGCGACUUCCUUCCUUUCCUGUGAUUGGCGGGUGAUGUGAUAUCUGAUCUGUUUUCACUAUGGCAACUGCCGGCUCAGCUUAGUUAGUCAUAACCCUCUGGUGUCAAGAAUACUGUCUUCAGUUCACGUGCACACAGAUGUAGACGCACGUGAGCACAGAUGUAGUCGCGCACCCGGAAACAGGUAGAAAUGCACACUAUGUACACACGCACACACACAUACACACACGCACUUGUCACACUGCACAGCACGCGUACUGACCGCAUGCUCGUACGGUGAGAUGCAGAUUAAUGUAGAUCCGCAAUGAAGCUCCGCCUAUCUGCCCAGGCGUGUCCUCUCUCAGUCUGACCAAUCACAGGCUGCCUGGCAGGUCUGUGGGCUUUCAUUGGCUCAACGUGAUGCACACAGGGAGCUUGACCAAUAGGAUGAGAGGAAAUGAAGGCGAGAGGAAGUGCUUUCAGGUAGCUGUAGUGUUUCAGUGUAAAGUAUUCAUGUGAUUAAAGUUUUUUUGUGAUUGUGAUUUUCUGACAUGGUGUUGUGAAAUAUGAAAAAAUAAAAUAUAUCCACCGCCGCUGUCA